CUAAGGAUGAGUGUAUUUUGUUUUAAUCCACUAUCCAUAACUCAAAGUUACCUAAUUAAAAAAAGGAAUCACUGACAGAGUUACUGAGUUUGAGAAUGAUCUGGAUUUCUGCUUAAUGUCUUGUAUUGUACAUGUGGGCUAGAGAAAAAAAGCAAGUGGAUGAUGAUGGGUAUGUUUGCCUAUUAGGGAACAGGACACUAUUGUGCAAGCCAUCCUGAAUGGAGAUGUGACUACGGUUACUAUGGCUAAAAACAAUGCGAAUAACAUACUGUGGCCUGACAAGUAUGGAUGGAUCCCGCUGCACGAGGCUGCAUAUUAUGGCCAAGACCAGUGUGUCAGGGUUCUUCUUGGGGCUCUACCUAGUAUGAUUAACAAGUGUGACCUGAAAGGCCAGACUGCUCUCAUCUUGGCGGUGUACAGGGAAAAGGUGGCCUGUGUAGAGAUGCUUCUGGAGAAGGGGGCUGACCCAGACCUCGCCAACAAGGACAGAGAGACCCCACUCUACAAAGCUUGUGAAAGUGGUAAUGCUGAGAUUGUGGUCAUGCUUCUGAAUCACGGUGCUGUGGUGAACAAACACUGCAUUCAGGGCUGUACAGCUCUCCAGGAGGCUGUGAGCCGCAACAACGUGGAGAUCUGUGAGAUCUUGGUCCAGGCCGGGGCGAAGCUCAGCCCAACCAACAUGUACGGUAUCGCGCCCCUCUUUACUGCAGCCCAGAGUGGACACGAGGAAACACUUCGAUUUCUCAUUAAACACGGUGCUGACAUCAACAGUGAGGCAAGUGAUGGGGCCACCGCUCUGUAUGAAGCGGCUAAGAAUGGCCAUGAGGACAUUGUGGAGCUUCUUCUUUCUCAGGAUGCUGAUGCCAACAAAGCGGGCAAUAAAGGACUUCUGCCACUACAUAUUGCUGCCCAACGAGGAGCUGAUGGUAUCGUGUCAUUGCUGAUCAAAGUCACCAGCAAGUACAGAGUGAAUCGCAGUGGAGUCAGUCCCCUCCACCUGGCCGCCGAGUGCAACAGGGAUGCAGUUGUGGAGGUCCUGAUUGAGGCCGGCUACGACGUCAACGCCAUGCUGUCAGAUGACCGCUCCAUGAUGUAUGAGGACCAUCGUAGCACGACUCUCUACUUCGCUGUCGCCAACGGCAACGUGGACGCAGCCACCAUGCUUCUAGAAGCCGGCGCCAUCCCAAACCUGGACACCUUCAACCCGCUACUGGUAGCAUUGAGGCAGGGUAGUAUCGAAUUGGUCAUUUUGCUGGUGGAGCACGGUGCCAAUGUCAACGCCAACGUACCCACUCACCCCACCUCGUUCCCGGCCACCCUCAUAUUUGGUAUGAAGUACCUGUCCAUGCUGAAGUAUCUGAUGGACAAUGGCUGCGACGCCCUCUCCUGUUUUAGUUGCACUUAUGGCAGUGGUCCACACCCACCACAUCAGGAUACCUCUGAGAGGGAUGACUUGCACUACAAUACCAAUACACUCAGAAACACUGGGGAACCUGUUCAGGUAAACAAAAUAACAAUUAAAUGUUUAGUAUGUGCAUAUGUGUUCUGUGAGGUAAUCUUUACUCGCUGGGCAGGACCCAUCAUAGAUGUACUCCUGAAUUACGUUGGCCAUGUGAAACUCUGCUCCAGACUUACUGAGCACCUAGAUAGCUUGGAGGACUGGGAAGUCAUCAAGGAGAAAGCAACGCAAUCACGUCCACUGAUGCAGCUGUGCAGGCAGAAGAUUCGCCAGCAGGUUGGAAUCCACAGACUGAGGUGCAUCAAAAAACUGCCCCUCCCACCACGACUAAUCAAGUACCUCAACCACGAAGAGCGCAACCAAGAAAAUGUUUUGUGAAUAAUAGUGUGUGACAUUAUAGUCAAAGUAAGAGAUGAUGAGGGACUACAGCACAAAAUCUCUUGACAUAAUCAGUGUUUUUGGUGUGAAUCCUUUUACUCAAAUUUGAGCAGUAAUAUAGAGCAGUGCUUACCAACAUGGGGUACUGCAAGUGGUCCUCAAUUUAUUUUAUUAUUAUUAUUAUUAUUAUUUUAUAUUUUUCUUCCAAACAUAAUACCAGUAUAGUAUAUGGUAUUAUAAGCAAUUGUACAUUACUUUUUACAAUGCAAGUUGUGUUUCCCCUUAAAUGACAGAUUUGGACACCGAUAAACACCUAAAUUGGAACAGAGUGGCUGUACAGUAACAUGCUAUACAUUACACUUCAUUACUUUACUUCUAAUGGUUUGUGACACCUGGGACCAUCAUGUGACAAAAACCUCCAGGGGACCAUGACACAAUGUCCCAAGAACAUCCUAAAAACCUCCUUGGGGACGACAGGAGGCUGCUGAGAGGGGAACGGCUCAUAAUAAUGGCUGGAACGGAGCAAAUGGAAUGGAAAUAGACACCUGGAAAUCCAUUCUCUCCAAGUGCCACCAACCUCCUGUGUUGGGGAUGUCCCCGGGACAAACCGGGAACUAGACAAAACCUCCAGGAGACCAUGACACAACAUCCUGACCACUUUAGGCAUCCGUUUCAUGAUGUUCCGGGGACAUCCCUUAUAUUUGCUACCAUGGUUAUGCAUAUGCUUCCCAUAUUUAUU